UCACAUGAUGAGGAGUCGCGCAUCCAUGAUCUUCUACGCCGUGUCCAGAUACUCGAGGAUUCUUCAACAUCGAACCCUCUGCGUGGUCUAUCCGAGACCGGUCGGACUAUUCUUGCUCGACAAGCCGGCUUGCAGAAUUCUCAAGUUAUCUUGAACAAGACACGGAUCUUGAGGUGGAGCCACUGGAUGGGCACGGCGCCAGAAUUUAAACCCAUCUACACCUGCUUCGUCGCAGCCACCAAUAAUGAUCAAGCCACUCUAGUUCAAGAUCCAUAUCUACAAGCUGAGCUCGCACAGGUUGGCCAACUUCUUCAGAAAUGCAAAGACGCAGCAAAGGUGAUCAAAACGCGACGGUUAGGCCUGCCGCAUUCCGAGCCUACUCUACCUCCCGUCACCCGUCAAGUGGCUGAUGCGAUGGUAUCCCAUUACCUGCACACGUUUGAGAUAACAUACCGUGUGUUUCACAUUCCCAGUUUUUGGCUCGAGUAUCAGAGAUACUGGAACGAUCCGGAAACCUCUCCUUUCAGUCUCCGCCUCAAAAUGCUUCUUGUCAUCGGUAUCGGAUCCAGCCUUUACGAACACGACGAUGUGCCUUCUGGUCUUCGCGAUACGGUCUGCCAAUGGAUCCAUGACGCCCAAGCUUGGCUGGCUGGCCCGUUAAAGAAAGACCGCCUCGACUUGUCCGGACUGCAAAUCUACUGCCUCACCAUCUUGGCCCGCCAAAUCUUCUCUAUUGGUGUUGAUCUGGCAUGGAUCUCGGUUGGCUCCCUCGUACAUCGAGCCAUGCAGGUUGGGCUUCAUCGCGACCCCAAACAUCUCCCUCCAAUGUCACUCCUCCAAGCUGAGCUACGGAGAAGACUAUGGGCCACCAUACUAGAAAUGGCCGUUCAGUCAUCUUUGGACACAGCGAUGCCGCCGAGGAUAUCCUUUGAUGAGUUCGAUACAGAGGCACCAUCGAAUAUCAACGAUGACGAACUGGACGAGACAUCAACAACAAUACAGCCCCACCCAAAGACUACUUACACGCAAAUGUCUAUGCAGCUGAUACUCCUCGAUUCUCUACCGACCCGGCUUCGGAUUCUUCAGCUUCUCAGCGACCUCCACUCGGAACUCUCUUAUGUAGACGCGCUGGCACUAAGCUCCAAGCAUGCUACAUCUCCAUUCCAUCGGAACUUACUCGAAUACCUUGUGCGCCGGUUCAUGAUUCCCUUGCACUGUCCUUUCGCCAGCCAGGCGCAUGUCAACCCGCUCUUUCACUUCUCACUCAAGGUCAGCUUGGAUGCUUCAAUGGCAAUCAUAUCUCCCCAGCCGGAUGACAGCUUUGGCCGUCUCAUGUCUAUUAACUCUGGUUUGUUCCGAGAGGGUCUUCGUUAUGCUUUCACGACCAUCACCUUUGAACUCAUA